AUGAUUGAAAAAAUAAUAACUAAAGUAAAUGAUGAAUCAUAUUUUAGAAUAUUAGGUAAUAUUCGGGACUACCCUAAGAAAGCUGUUUUUAAUAUAGAGGAAAUUAUUCCUUUUUAUAAAUAUUUAUGUUUUCAGUGGGAAAAGGAUUUUACUCCUUUUAGAUUUAUUGAGUUGGUACACAAUAAAUAUUACGUCUGCCCAAUUGUUGUGAUAAUUUAUUUAUUAUUUUGUAAAUAUGGAAAUAAUCUCAUGCAAAAUAGAAAACCAUUUAAUAUAAAAAAGAUAAUAAUAAUAUGGAACUUUUUAUUAUCAUGUUUUAAUAUGUUUGUAAUAAUGAGAUUAUUACCUGUAUUGAUUUAUAUAAUUUACCAUUAUUCAUUAACUGGAUUAUUAAUAAUACCCCCAAUUUAUAUGUAUGCAUUUGGCCCUGUUGGAUUAUGGAUAUGCUUAUUUAUAUUGUCUAAAUAUUUUGAAUUAAUUGAUACAUGCUUUUUAAUUUUAAGAAAAAAAGAAGUAACAUUAUUACACUGGUUUCAUCAUUCUACAGUUUUGUUAUAUACAUGGGAUACAUAUUAUGUUGAAUUACCAGCUGGAGUUGUUUUUAUUUUUAUUAAUGCAUUUGUUCAUACUAUAAUGUAUUUUUAUUACUUUUUAGCUACUUUAUAUAAUAAGCCAUUAAAAUGGAGUGUUGUUGUUACUUUUAUUCAAAUUUUUCAAAUGAUUUUAGGUAUUUUGUUAACCAUAUAUUGCUUAUACAUAACUUAUAUUUACAAAUAUAAUACUAAUUGGGAAAUCGAUUUUAUUCACAAAUUGAAAAAUAACUUUUCGUUUGACAAUGGCCAUUAUAUCUCAAGAAAAAAUUUAUUCUUUGCGUGCCUUAUGUAUUUGUCUUAUUUAUAUUUAUUUGCAAAAUAUUUUAUUAAUAGAUAUGUUGUUAAAUUUAUAAAAAAAAAGAAAGAAUAA